AUGCUUUUUUCAAGUAUUUUGGCUCCCGCUGCCCUCCUCUCUCUUGCCUCCGCCAGCACUCUUCCUCUGGCCAAGAAGGAUGACUGCAUUCCCGCCGUGACAGCACACAAGAUCGUGGACGACUUCAUUCUCACCCUGACUAACUUCACCGGAGACAAUGCCAAAAAUCUCCUCACCGACGCCCAUUUCAGCGAUACGUCAUCCUCCAUCAAUUUCUUCACAGGAGCGCCUCUUGAUGGCUUCACCUUCGCUGAUAAGACGGCUUUCAUCUCCGGUCAGGGUGCUCAGCCACCCGUCAAUGUCACACUUAUCAAGAUUGACUCGGUUACCUGCGAUGGCAUCAUUACCUUCAGAUGGCAGGCAACAUUCCCGAGAACCAUCGCGAAGGGCAUCAAUGUUCUCUAUACCGCCAAGACCGGCUCGGAUGCAAAUGUCGUUGGGCCAAAGGGCUACCAGAUCCAGACCAUCUUCAGCGAGUUUAAUUCUGCGACCUGGGACCUCGGAUUUGGAGGUGCUUGUACUCCUCCCAAGACUUCCUAA